AUGCGCUUGUUCAGCAGGACCACCUCAGCCUGGACGCUGCUCAGCAUGUCCAUCCUCGUCACCUCCUUCCUGGCGACCACCAACAUCUCCGGUUCCUCAUCUUCAUCUCUGGUUUCUGGAGCACCAGCUUCAGGUUUCUGCGCAGAGUGCCAGACCUACGCGAUGGUGGUCAAGCCCUGUGGUGGCACAUUCACAGAGAAAGACAUUUCGAUCAAUGGAGUCUACAGCCCCCCAGAAUCGGACGGCCCCUGUGUGUGCCUGGCGGUCAUCCAGAAGUUGCUCUGGAACUGUGCCAAGUGCAUUGUCCUUGGCUCAGGAGUUCAAGCAAAGUCCCCACCACCCACCCAGUACCAGAUGACCUGUACCGCAUGGAAACAGCCCUUUGCGCUCUGGAACUCGGCCUACACUGGUCCUGUCGCCCCCGAAACCACAUCUCCUCUCGGCGGCACUAGUAACCCUACAGCAUCUCCUCUUCCCAACCCUAAUCCUGCCACCACCACUGGAGGCAAUAGCAACAAUAACGGAAAUGGAACCAGCACUGGUUCAGGAACCCUUCCCUCGGGCACGACUGGAGACUCGACUUCGGGUACUGGAGAGAGCUCGGGCCCCAACGGAACUGCUAUCGGUAUCUCGCUCGGCAUCAUUGGUAUUGCUGCCGUCGGCGGAGUAGCCGCCGUCAUGAUGAUGAAGCGUCGUCGUCGUCGCCAUACCCCUCUCGAGUUGGACGACUCCUAUGUCUCACUUGACAACCAGUGGGAGAAGCCACCUCGCCCCCAGACGCCCCCCAUGAUGCCUGCCCCCAUUGCCUCUGGAGCCCGUGCUGGUGGUGGUGCUGGUGGCUUGGGACGUCCCUCGCCCUUUGAAAGCCGUCCCGGAAACGGAAGCGUCGUUGGAGGCGGCAGUGUGGUUGGUGGAUACGACAAUGCGCAAUACGACCAGUACGACUACCACCAGGGCAAUGGCAGCACUGUUGUUGGAAGCAAUUAUGGCGACUACGACGAUGGAUACGGAAAGCAGCAGCAUGGAGGAUAUAACCAAGGUUAUGGUCACCAGGGCUACGGACACCAUGAUCAGGCCUAUCCUCCCCAUGAUCAACAGGGCGCGUACAACCAUGACUAUGGCUACGAUCACCCUGUCCCCACAUCCAACGCUCCCUAUGGCGGCCGGUAA